UUCCUUGCAGCCGGAAAUGAAACGCAGACAACUCAGAUGGGCUGAAGGAAAGUAAAAUAUUCACAUGCAUCACGACAUUAAGAGACAUGUUAACAUGAAGUUGUCACCGAAAGUCAUCACGGGGGCCCUGCACGCCCAGAAUAAGGGGGCGUCAGACUGGGGUUGGCAGGGUUUACUAUCGUAUGGUUGUCAGGGGUUUAUUGUUGUGGUGGACCCUAAAACAGUACAAGUUUUACAGGUGCUUGCUAAACACAAGGGAAAUGUUGUCAAGGUGAAAUGGGCCAAGGAGAAUUACCACCAUGAUAUAGGGAACCCUUACUCCCUUCGUCUGGCCUCAGGGGACACCAAUGGGGUAAUAAUUGUGUGGGAUGUUACAUCGGGAACAAUCAAGUCUGAAUUUUCUGAGGGAACCAAGCCUAUUCAAGACAUGGAGUGGUUGACCUAUCAGGAUGCAUCACAUGACCUCCUGGUCGCACUUCACCCUCCCUACUCCCUCAUUCUUUGGAAUGCUGACACUGGAACCAAACUGUGGAAAAAGUCCUACACAGAGCCACUGCUGGCUUUCUCUUUUGAUCCGUUCAACUCCAAAAAUGUGGCUUUUUUGGGUCCUGAUUGUAUUGUGUUCAUAGAUGACUUUUCUGUCACUAAGACUCCUUCUAGCAAUGGCAAAAAGUUUUACAUUUCUAGUCCCUCAAGUUCUGCAAGUAACCUGAAAACGGAAGGCUCCACUAGUAGUGUGGAAAAGAGAACGGCCUCCAGAAACCUCGCUGAGAGGAUGAGCAAGAUACUGGUGGGGGAGGGACCCAGUAAAAAGAGCAGUAAGGAGGAUUCGGAUCAUGUGGCUCUGAACGAUUGUAUACAGUUGUUACACCACCAGUCCUGUAGACACCACCUGAUCUUAGUGUACACCAGGGAAAUACUGAUUCUAGAUCUGGAGAUUAACCAGACUGUGGGCAUUAUCCCCAUGGAGAGAGCUGGGUCUCCAUUUGUUCAGAUUGUCUCCCUUAGACAAAGAGACGUGUUGUUGUGCCUUCAUGAAAAUGGAAGUGUGUCUACCAGAAUACGCAGAAAGACGAACGCUAUCACAACACCCGCCUCAGAGGGGCACGGUGCAUUUGAUGAUUCGCCUCCUCCUGUUUCUAUGGAUGUGACCUAUGACCUCAGAUGUCAGUCUGACGGUUUGAGGGUGACGCGACACAGUCGUGUGUCCAGUAUGUCUUGUUGCUUGGUAACAGAAAGUUCCGUGGCACUGGUCGUGACGGACAGCCGUGUUGUAUUCUGGGAUAUGAUUCUUCUAGAUGGAGGGACUGAGUUAGAAACAGCCCCACAGUUGGAUGCCAAGUCAAAAUUUCCUGUCAUUUCUGAUACUCCUCCCCCUAAACUCUCACUCUCUGAUAUGAUUGGACGGUUACCUGUUGUGAACCAUGAUCACCCAUCGGUGCUUAAAGGUCGUGCAGUGGCCUUGAAGUUUGUGAUGACUGGUCUUCUAAAUGGAGUGGUCUCCCCUGUAAGCUCUCUACGCAUGUGUCCUCCACUUACCACUAAGAACUGGAGUGUAUAUCAACCUCUACUGGCCGUAGGUAGUUCUACAGGAGUUAUCCAGAUCAUCAACAUCUCCAGUGGACUGAUUGUGAAGGAAUUCAGUGUUCAUACAGGCCCUGUCAGAGGGAUAGAGUGGUGUAACCUUAAAUCAUUCCUGUCAUAUUCCUACCCAUCCCCAGGCACCAGUGGUCUGGUUAAGAAUGACCUCAUGUUAGUGGACAUCUCUACUGGCAAGGUGAAGCCGGUGAGGACUAACAGAGACCAGGAAUCUCCCAUAGAAAUUCUACGUGUGUCCUGUCUCAAACAAUACUUUAUAGUUGGAUUUAAAGACAAACCUUUAGAACUGUGGGACCUCCAGACAAUGACCAUGUUACGAGAGACGGGGAAGAGCCUGCCCCACCCCACAGCCCUGGAGUGGUCCCCCUCCCACAGUCUCAAGUCCCUGAAGAAGAAGAUGAUGAGUCAGGGUGGGGACAAAGAGGGGGGUCAGCUGACCUCCACCCUGGCUGGUGGUGACAAGGUGGGGGUGUCUACAACAUCCCUCUCAGAGACGACAGAAAGCGAUUCCAAGGUGAACCAGAAGAUGUCAGUUAAGGAGCACUUUGUGUACACAGAUUCUGAGGGCACCCUCUAUCACUUUGUAGUGGAGGGGACAGGGUUUGCUGAUGCCAGCAGAGUGCCAGCAGAGUCUGGAAUGGGGACCAUUACGUGGAUAGCUUGGAAGGGAGACUUUAUUUUGUUUGGGGAUGGAGAGGGACAGUUAUCAGUUUGGGAUCUCAAGUCUAAAACACAAAGGACAAUGGCAACAAGGCGGGGGUGGAUCAAGAAGAUCCGGUUUGCCCCAGGGCGGGGGAAUAUGAAGUUCUUCCUCCUGUAUGUGGACGGCUUUGAUAUCUGGGAUCUGAAGGAGGGAAAGGCAGAGCUACUAAGUUCAAUGAAGAGUCCCCGAGAUGUUGCUAAGGUGAUAGAUGCAGACUGGACCGGAUCAGACCGGCCAGUACUGGCUACAGCUGACGGAUGUGUGGAGGUGUUUGACCUGACACUGAAGUCCUGCUCCUGUGGAAUUGAGGAUCGGGAAUUUCCAGAUGAGGUGGCCAGCCCCUACAUUCUCCCCCCAAAGGCCUCACUAAUGAUGAAGUACCACCUACAGAAUCAGCCAUGGAACAGCGAGUACUCCCGAAAGCUGGAGGGACUGAGAGAGGAGGAGAAAAAUUUACAGGCAGUGGUCAACAAACAGAUAGAUCUAUUGGACAGUGAUAUUUUGGAGUACUUACCACAGUGUAGAUUUGGAGUGGCAGAGAGAUGUCUUAUACUUGCCAAGUUGUUUGGAGAUGAAUCUGACUUUUUGUUCUGGACUGUAGCACUGUAUUAUCUGAGAGCUGUUAAGUGGAGUCCAAAAUCUCAGGAAGAUAUAGAUUUGCUGGGACCAGAAAAGGAAAAGUUUAUUCCUGCCACACCCUCUUACAAGGAGACCAAUGACCUUGUGAUGUUAGACAGUCCUGACGAGGGGGAGGAGCCAUACCAGGGGUCAUGGUCUCUUAUAGACACACCCCUGGAGAGAUACUUUGAUAUGAUCUGUGAUAAUGACAGCUUUAAGUUAUACCAGUUGGACCGUGUGGCUCUUCACGACAGUAAGAGAGUGACGUACGAACACACAAAGAAGUGUGCAGAGAACUACAUCAUGCUGCGGGAGACAGAUCGAGCCGUGCAGCUACUGCUGGAAACAGAACCAGAUAAUGAUACAUACUACACCGACUGUCUCAGAGCUUGUUUGGUGGCAAGUAUUCGAUCUUCAGGCGUCUCACAAAGCACAAUCAAACUCGUGGCCACCAAUCUCAUAGCCAAUGGUAAAAUCAAAGAGGGAGUACAGUUACUGUGUCUGAUUGACAAAGGCCUAGAUGCCUGCCGAUAUCUGCAGACCUAUGGAGCUUGGGACCAAGCUGUCUGGCUGGCAAAGGCCACAUUAACCAGCAGUGACUGUUGUGAGGUGAUGAAGAGAUGGGUGGAUCACUUAUGUGGGACACAGGUCAACCAGAAAAGUAAGGCCCUGUUGGUGAUGCUAUCCCUGGGACAGUUUUCUAAGGUACUGGAGAUGUUGUAUGGAAUGAGACAAUUCAACAGAGCUGCAUGUUUUACUGCAGCACUGGAAGAAUUCGGACUACUAGACCAAAGCAAGGACGAUGUUGUGCUGGUGGAGGCUAUUUACCUAGAGUAUGCCCGUCUGUUGGCCAACCUGGGACUGAAAGCAUCUGCCGAGUUUUACUGUCAGAAAGCUGGUGAUAAAGGGAACCAGUUUAGAGAGGAGGUCCGCAUCCUCUUUUCAUGAUGGACAAGAGUUUAUUGUGUUGGGUUCAAAUUGUGCUUUAAAUGUACUGCCUUGUAUGGGAAAAAAGUGACUCGCUUGUUAAUUUACACUUUAAAUCUAUAGUGCAUAUUAAAAAGAAUGACCAUGAAUAAUGUGCA